CAUCCUCUAUGCUUGCGUUGAAUUGUUCUUGGGCCAUACUUUCAUUGAUUCUCCUGCGUUACUUCUACCUCAUUGUAAUAGCAUCUCUCGGGUCGUUCUUCUUUCGCAUUGGUCUCUCCUCUCUUUCCUGUUCUACACUCGUUUUCCCACGUACCACGAUAGCGACCCUCAUUCAGAUAACACAACCUCUAAUUUUACGACUACACCGAGCACGAGGCCCAGGAUAAGAGAAGAGACCAAAAAGAAGGACAUGAGCGGUACCUGUCGAGCAGCGAGUUGGACAAUCGGCCAAACUUCAGAGUCAUCUUGUGGUUGGAAGUUGCAAAAGGACAUCCAACACAGCCCAAGGACGCCGACAUUGGCAAUUGUCUGGAACAACGGGAAGAAUGAACUUGUCAUGGGCUAAAGCCCUCGCCAUAGUGCUGAUACUCAACCCUACUCCUACCCUAUCGCAGGACGAUACAAACACCGACGUCCAAGUCCCUGCACCAACUGCUAUCCCAACCACUAUUCCUGACGGCGACUCACCAGAAACUCCAGCUGCCGAUACGAUUGAUCCAGCCGCACAACCAACAGCAGAACCAGCACCGGACGACUUUCCCGACCCGCAGCCAGAUGCAGAAACCCCCGAAGGUGGCGGAGACCAAGAUUAUUUCAAUGUGAUACCUCAUCUUCCUGAGGGCUGUGAUGAUAUCCGCGUCUUUAGCAUUCGAGGCUCUGAUGAGCCAUAUCCUGGCCGUGGAGGUGCUAUGCUGGGAGUAAUGUGUUCCCUGUUUGAAAAUGAAGGAGUGUCGUGUGACUAUGAGGAUGUUGUCUAUCCCGCCAACAUCUCAUUUUCCGGCAUCUUCUGCGAAUCGGCAAAUAUUGGGGCGUUGGCCGGACAAGCUCAGAUGACGGAAUAUGCGCAGCGAUGUCCAGACUCGAAACUUGUCCUGAUGGGAUAUUCUCAGGGUGCAGGCGUAGCUGGAGACAUCCUCGGUGGAGGUGGAGGUCCGAUAUUUGGCUGCGAGCAAGCCCGAAACCCGCCAUUGUCUCGAGAUUCUGCACCGGGGUCAAAAGUUGCGGCAGCUAUCAUGAUGGGUGGCCCUCGUCACACCGCAAAUCAGACAUACAAUAUCGGCCGUGGGUACGCAUUCGAUGGAGUUGCAGGCCGUCACGGUCAACAACUUUCCGACCUCCACAAGUAUGAGGAUGUAGUCGCCGAGUGGUGCAAUGAGGGCGAUCCCGUUUGCGCUGUUGGAAGUGAGCCAGUCAACAUCACCGCCCAUUGGAGCUAUUACGACGAGUACUCCGAGGUUGCCUCUCGCUGGGUCGUGGCCAUCGCGCUAGGUCAUACUGAUGUUCGACUGGAUUUAGAUCUUUCCGGACAGGACCAGAGUGUCUUGUUGUCGGGUUCCAAUUCUACUGACCAGAAUGGAACUGGCUCCGGUACUUCUAACGAUAGCCAGGAAGAUGCAGCUGUCAGCCUUCUGAACCUCUCAAUUGAAGUUAUCCGUCCUCUCAGCAUCAUUGCUGUGAUUGCAACGGCCUUCAAUUUCAUGCCGCUGCCCUAGGUGCUCAAUGCUCCAGCUACACCAUUCUUUUUAUCGAGUGGCUCGGUCGUUGUACCGGGAGCGCUUCUGCCAUUCCGAUCUGGUUCCAUCUUCGGAGGAACGAUAUAAUUCAUCGUCAAUAGUAUCAACCACUCAGUCUAUUGCAUAUCAUCAAGCGUCCCAAUGAAACACGAUAUAAGCAAUCACGGAUUGGCUGCAGUGUCAAGGUAGCUUGAUGAAAACAAAGCCUCGACACAUCCAGACCUCGGUCUUACCUGCAUUGAAGCAGGGACCCUACGAAGAGCUAUGGGGCAGGCUCUGGUGGUGGGAAGUGGGUUAAUCGAACCCGAGGACGGGUUGAAAGUGGUGGAUCACAAUCUUACCUGAAAUGUCUCCGCAAAUAAAGGGGAACACGGUCAGGUUCAGUGUGUCGUCUCACUUUGAGAUCGCUUGUGGCCCGCCCACUCACUGAAACAUCGGGGCAUGGUCGGAUAAAUUACAAUAGAUAAUCAAAAUACAUAUACAGCAGGAAUUAGACAACCUCAAA